GCUGAAGAGGAAACAGUGGCCUUUCUUGCUCACAGUGGAAGUGAAGAAGAGUUUGAUCCAAGUACUCUUCCAGACCCUGAUAAAUACAGAGAUUCUGAUGAAGAGCAGGAUUCAGAAAGCGAAGACAGCUAUAGCGAACUUGAGGAGAAGGGUGGAAGAAAGAAGAGAAGCUAUAGCAACAGUGACGCAGCAGAAGAGAUGCCACUGAAAAGAAAGAAGGCAAAAUUCAGCCAAGAGGAGGACCCCUAUAUGCCAUUAGAUACUGGGCUUUCUCUGGCAGAGGAUGAAGAGCUUGUACUGCAUCUGCUCAACAGUCACAACUAAUUAUUUUUCUGCAGGUUUUCUUUUCUGGGACAUCUUCGCAAUUUUGCCACUAGUCUACACAAGAUGAAUUUGGCAUCUGAGCAGCUGGGUACCAGUGGACGUAGAUAAAUGAGUUCCAUGUGCAAUGGGAUUGCCUUACAUUGACUCAUAGAUUAUAGACAAUAUUUAGUUUGAUUCAUAAGGCUUUUGAAACCAACUUUCCAACCUAAAUCCUGAGAUGUCAUUUUGCAGUAACACAUUCAUAAUUUAAAAUCUCCCUAGUUUUGAAGCAAUUAUCUUUUUUUUAUUUUAAUCUUGCUUUAAAUAAAAACAGGGUGCUCCUUUCUUGACUGUGUCAGGUUUGAUAUUUUAGAAGAAAAUGUGUACUAAAAUUAUUAAAGAAGAAACA